AUGGCGCCGACGGGCGGCGCGCCGUCCUCGACGCCGAGCUCGGGCGCGCCCGGCGGGUUCCUGCGUCAGGCGCGGUUCCCGGGCGCGCCGGACCCCGCGAGCGCGGCCGCGCGCGCGCUCGGUCGCUCGCGGCCGACGACGAUGAGCGCGGGAGAAUCGAGCGCGGCGGGACCGGGAUCGGGGCACCCGCGCGACCCGCCCGCGCCCGCGCCCGCGCCCGCGCCCCCGAUCGCGUCCAUCACGACCGCUACUACCACGACGUCCGCCGUCGCCGCGAAGCCGAAGCCGCCGAAGCGCGACCGAUGCCUCGUCGAGCUCCUGCGCGAGUUGCUCGAGCGACGGCGGAUGCCCGCGAAGCUCGCGAACCGUCUUCCGAAGUGGAACGAGCCGCACUUCUGCUGCUCGGAGGACGACAAGGUGCGCGCGAAACACGCGGAGGCGCACACUGCUGACGCGCCCGACGGCGUGGACGCCGUCGUCGAGAUGCUGAAGAACGAGGCGAAGCCGUUCGCGGUCGUCGCGGAGGAGUUGGUCGCCGCAGCGAAAGAGGGAAGGAUCGCCAACGAGGAGUGCUUCGUCGACGAGGAGCCCGUGAAGCUGUCGUGCCCGAUAUCGUGCGCGCGCCUGGAGUGCCCGGGGAAAGGGCGCGACUGCAAGCACCUCGAGUGCUUCGACCUGCGGACGUUCGUGCGCGUGAACCUCAGAGCGCUGCGCGUGCUGAAGUACACGGAGUGCGUCGCGCCGGAUAAGAAGCCGACGUGCCACCGGUUUCACACGGAGAAGAAACCGCGCGGGGAGUGCGAGUACUGCCGCGCGUGGAGGUGCCCGCUGUGUCGCGUGCCGACGUCGAUCGCGGACUUGAGGUACGACGCGUUUGUCGCGAGGAUCUUGGCGCGAGAGCCGGAGGCGAAGCGCGUCACGGUGAAACACUCGACGGCGCAGUGGGUCGCGGUGGAAGAGGAGGAGGAGGACGGCGACGAGGACGAGAGCGAUUCCGGGGAGGGGCGAGGGCAGGGCGAGGGCGAGGGCGAGGACGGGCGGCGGCUGUCGUGGGCGGAGAAGUAUAUGGGCAAGGGGAAGGCGGAGGAGGAGGUGAUCAUCUUGGACUCGGACGACGAAAACCAAGACGACGGCGGCGGCGGCGGAAACGGGGGAAACGGCGGCGGAAACGGCGGCGGCGGCGGAAAUGGCGGCGGCGGCGGAAACGGCGGCGGAAAUGGCGGCGAACGCGCGAUCGCGAAGAAACCAACAAAACCGACGAACCCCCCGCCCGCGGACUCGCCCCCGUCCGCGCCGAAGCCCGCGAAGAAGACGACGACGGUCAGAGUAGACGAGAAGCUUCUGAGAGACGUCGCGACAGCGGUGGACGCGUUGUCGAGAAACGUCUUCAACGCGAACGAGUCCACGCGCAACGCGUGGAUCAUGACCGCGUUCGCGGAGGGCACCGCGACCGACGCGAUCGCGGACUUGCUGUCGCUCCUGAAGAAGUUCAAGGCCAUGGUCGAGAAGCUCACGAGGGACGAUUACGUCGAUUUCGUGGAGCGCGCCACGGAGACGGACGCGACGGCGAACAUCAACAAGUUUAAGGCGGAUCUGAAGAAAAACUGGACAGUGGGGCAUCAGCUCGAGCACUCGCCGCUGGCGGACGUCCUCACGACGGUCCGAACGCUGAUGAUGGAGGCGCAACGCAUUUGCAAGCAGAACAUCAUGCCGCCGGCGACGGCGGCGACGACGACGGGGAAGAGGAAGGAUAAAGAUACGGAGAAGGAGAAGGCGUCCGCCGCGGCGCCGGCGUCGAAGAAACGUCCCGCGGAGGAGCCGCCCGCGCCCCCCGCGGCGAAGAAACCGACGGCGGCGAAGAAGGCGAAGACGACAGCGGCGAAGACGGCGAAGUCGACGACGGCGGCCGCGGAGACCACCGCGGGACGCGUGACGAACGUCGCGAAGAAGAACGGCGCCGGCGGGGUGUGCUACGCGCACGGACACGGGCACUGCGAUUGGGACGGCGUCGGCGCGCUCAAGAUCCACCCGGACCUGCGCGUGCCGAUCUGCCAGGGGUGUUACCGGUUUUAUCACAAAGAGCCGUUCACGCGGGACGAGGACGGGAUCUUCGAGCACUGCAGAUGCUGCGCGGACGGCGGCGCGAGGAUGUACAUGUGCGACGCGUGUCCGCAAAUUUUCUGCGACAAGUGCGUGCUCAACUUGGGCGGUCCGCGGUACGUGAAGUCGAUGCACGAGUGCGACGUGUGGUCGUGUCUGAUGUGCGCGCCGCCGCCGGAGCUCGUCGCGAAGCAGGUGAAGACGUGA